UGCAGGCUAGAGAGAGUCAAAGGAGGUGAGGCGCGCGGAGAAAGUAGGGGAAAGUGGGGCAGUGGAGAGGGGGGCUUCAGGGACCCCCGCGCGGCAGAUUUGGGGAGCUGGGAGGAGAGAUGGUGGUCCAGCCUUCACUUUUCUCUCUCUGCCAGUAGCAGCAGACGGAGCGGGGCGCUGGUGACGCCUGGAGAAAGAAGCUGAGGCAGUGGAGGAGGAGGAUGAAGAGGAGGAUGAUGAUGAUGAUGAUGCUGAUGGUGAGGAUGAAGAUGAUGAUGAAGAUGAUGAUGAUUUCUCGUGUGUCAUGGCAAACGGGACCGGCACGAUCAUGUUGAAGUGCGUGGUGGUCGGCGACGGCGCCGUGGGGAAAACUUGCCUGUUGAUGAGCUAUGCCAACGACGCCUUCCCUGAGGAGUACGUGCCCACGGUCUUCGACCAUUACGCAGUGAGCGUGACGGUGGGAGGAAAGCAGUAUCUCCUUGGGCUGUACGACACUGCAGGUCAGGAGGACUAUGAUCGUCUCCGGCCUCUGUCGUACCCCAUGACGGAUGUCUUCCUCAUUUGCUUCUCGGUGGUGAACCCGGCCAGCUUCCAGAACGUGAGGGAGGAGUGGGUGCCUGAGCUGCAGGAGUACGCUCCCAAUGUCCCCUACCUGCUCAUCGGCACUCAGAUUGACCUAAGAGAUGACCCCAAGACCAUCACCAAGUUAAACGAUGUGAAGGAGAAGCCAAUUGCGACAGAGCAGGGGCAGAAGUUGGCAAAGGAGAUUGGAGCCUGCUGUUACGUGGAGUGCUCAGCCCUGACGCAGAAAGGCUUGAAGACGGUGUUUGAUGAAGCCAUUAUCGCCAUUCUGGCUCCAAAGAAGGGCGUGUUAAAGCGCCGCCUCGGCCCGCGCUGCAUCAACUGCUGUCUGAUCACGUGAGCAGACUGCCCCCACGCGUCAGUGCCAGGGCAGGGAGUCGGGGGGCGAGAGCUGGAAGACUGAUACUGAUACCCAGCCCACUGCUGUUGGAGGGGGCGGGGUGUCAAGGUUUCAACAACAACCAGGACAACAGGACCCUGUGGGUGAACUGUUCAUAAACAGGUGAUAAAAAUGAAAACACACUGUUUUGACAUUGCAGGGGAUGGAGAAACUUGGAUACGAGACGUUUUUAAUGCUCAGAAGCUGAAGAUGAAUAGAGGGAUGGAGGGAGUGAGCAAGAACAAGCGACAGAAAGAUUUUCAGCUGUGAGAGAUACUUAAAAAAUGACAAGAAAAAGGAAAAAAAACAACAACACUAAAUCACAAACAAACAAAAAAAAAGCACAGAGGAGAACAACCUUCCAGGGAGAGACAACAACGAAUGGCACACUGAAACACUGCUGAUUAUGAACUGAAAUGACUGUAAUUCAGCAGAUCCACUGUUUUUCUCGUCUGCUUCUGUUUGCAUGUUUGGUUUGGAGAGAAAAAGAGAAAACGAGAAAACAAAACAGCCCAGACAGUCUAACGAGCACAACCAAGACUUUUACAGAAGUAGGACUUUAUUUGUCUCCGAAAAAAGGGAAACCGUUAUCUUGCAACAUGAGGUUGCAAAAUGCGCUUGCCUUUCGCAAAAUUCUUCUUCUGAAGGCCCUCAUUUACAGGAAUUUAAAGAUAGGAUAGGAGGAAUGAUCUAAUGGGUGGAUCUCACCACUGAAAAUAUAUAAAAAAAGGCUUAAACUAGGAACAAAUAAGUUAAUAUCUGAAGGAAACUGUGAGAUAUUUAGAGAGACAUUUAGAGAGACAUUUACAGAUAUUUAUGUCCCCCGCAGUGUUCAAUGACCUUGGAAGAAAUACUGUAUCUGGGAUUUCUUAGGACAAGCAUGUGGAACCUGGUAAACCUGCUUUUUUUUUUUUUAUCACAGUCCGAUAUCCAUUGUCGAUAUCCAUCGACGACUUGGCCUUUGCCCACAACUUCCUGUUCCUCUUCCUCCUCAAGUUCCUGGUCUUCACUUGAGCUUGUAGGUGAGCUGCUUGCGAUGCCAGCGAAUCCAAAGCGGCGCUGCCAAGAGCCCAGUCAGAAAACCUACAGUCGCCCCCAGGGAACAGGAAACGGGCCACACCUACAGGAAGCAACCACAGAAAAAAAAUCAGCAACAACCAAUCAGUCCUGACCGUCAGUUCUGACCGUCAGGGGCACAACUAUCUGCAACUGUCUAAAAACUGCUGGCUGCAACGAACAUAAAGAGAUCACUGUGGUGUUUAAAAAAAAAAAAAAAAAAGUCAACUUUUGUACGUUACUCUGAGCUUUAAGCUGCAUUAAUUCGUUCUAUCUGCUUUUUUUUACUUUAAAAGUUUGAUAUCUGUGUGCAUUUCUCAAUUUCUGAAUUUCUGAGGCCUUGCCUCUCUAAGCUCUGCGCUCCUAUUGAUCUCAAAUGUCAGAAUUUAUUGAAAAAAGUAAGACUAAAAAAAAAAAAACAGUGACUUAAAUCUUUAAGUGACAUUAGUUGCUAUUUUAAACUCUGCUGCACUUUGAGUACAUGCGACCAGUGAUAUGAGUGUAUUAUGAGUGUUUUUUAAAACUUCCAGCGUCUAAUGUUUUUUUUAAUCAAAUAAAAGAGAAUUUAAGAAUUAUGACUAUAGUGGAGUAUAAAAAAAAAGAACUAGUCAGUUACGAGUGGAAUAAAAAAAACUCACACAUGAAGUAUAUAAAGUAAAAAAAAAAGAAAAUCUACAUGGCGCAAAGUUAUUUUUAAUAAUAUUUUAAAGUUUAAAAAAAUGAAAAAAAAAAAAAAAAGACAGUUGCAUUGACUUUCUAAGCUCUAAGUGAACCGUGAUUCAUGAUUCAUGAUGUUUUAAUUCGAUUUAUGUACAUUUUGUUUCAUGACUUGCCUCAAAAUGUUGAUGAUUGCUGAUUAUAAACUUUUUUUUUUUUUCAUAAAACAAAAAAAAUCUUUCCUGCUUUUAUCUUCUCAGAAUGUAUGUAAAAAAAAAAACAAAAGAAAAAUGAAGCACACGUACUGGGCCUUAUUUGUUAGUUAUUUACAGAUGAAAAACGUUUUUUUAUCUUUUGCAAGUAAAAAGAAAAAAGCAGCUGCUGGUGGUGAAGUGGGGCAUCUGAUCUAAUCGUUGCUCGUGACGCUACAUGGCAUUUAUGUAAGCUUUAAUAAAUCUGUUCUGGUCUGAUGACUGAAUCUACAUAAUGGUGA